AUGGAAUUUGGUCGUGGUUGGCGAAUUGAUGGAGAAUGUCUGCGCCAGCUGCUUUUUGGUGGUACUGUGAACAUAAAAAACUCCGCUCUAUCAUUUCCAACUGAACGAAUAUUCAAAAUUCCCAAUGUUGAUGGAGUGAUUGAAGAAGGCAAGAAGGCUCCUAAAAAAUUCCGCGAUAUGAAGGUCCUGGCUGGAAACAUUUCUUCUGAUUUUGACUUUACCGAUGAGAGAAAGAACGGAGAGAAGCUUGCCAUGCCAUUGCUUCUUUAUGUGAAGUCAGUUCAAUCAAAUCUUUGA